UAAAAUCAAUUCUCAAUUUUCAUCAACAACCAUGGAAAAUUCAAUUCCUGUUCUGCCAGAAGAACUUGUUACCGAAAUCCUUUCGAGGCUUCCGGUAAAAUCCCUCUUGAAAUUCGCGUGUGUUUCAAAAUCUUGGCUUGCUUUGAUUUCUAGCCCUGAAUUUGUCAAAACUCAUCUCAGCUUAAAUGCUAAUAACAACGAAUACACCCGCCAUAAGGUUAUGAUGUUUGAACGUACUGCCUACACUUUUCGAGAUUGUAGUGUUAGCUCUUUAUUUAAUAACUCAUCGAUCAGGGCAAACAACUUGGAUUAUCCCAGGCAAGUUCCAUGUUGUUUUUAUAUGGUAGGUUCUGUGAAUGGAUUGAUUUGUCUUGUUAGUCAGCUGAAGGAAUUCUUUCUAUGGAAUCCAUCAAUUAGAAAGUAUAAGAAGUUGUCUGAUCGUAAAACUAAAACUAAUUUCGUGUAUUCCGUAUAUGGUUUUGGAUAUGAUGAGUUCCAUGAUGAUUAUAAGGUAGUCGUUAUUUUUAUCAUUGGCAGAGAUGACUUUUCACUUCAAAUUGAGGUAAAAGAAUAUAUGGCUGUCCGUUUUGCGGUUUUUCUGGCAGAAGAUGUAAUGGUUCUCCAUUAUCUCAUUCUUAACUCCUCCAUUAUUCUUGCAACCUAUGCUACAGCUUCAACCUAUUCUGGUGCUCUCAAUUCUGAUUUUAAUUUUCAGCAACGAGAACAACUUUUGAACAUAAGUUCCCAUAGACAGGGUCUCACUCAGAACUCUACUGUGAGCGGAAUGUUUCAAAAUGGGGACGGGAAAUGGCCUCGAGGAUAG